UGAAAAAGAGUGGUUAUCAUUUGGGCAUCGUUUCUCCCACCGCUGUAAUCACACACAAUCAACACAGUCAAGUGGAUUCGCACCAGUAUUUUUGCAAUUUCUCGACGGGGUUCAUCAAAUUCUUCAUCAAUAUCCAUUAUCAUUCGAAUUCAAUGAAUAUUUCCUUCACUUUCUCGCAUACCAUCAUGUCUCAAUGCGCUUUCGUACGUUCUUGUUGGACUCAGAGCACGAACGGCAACAAAUGGGGUGGUUGUCUGACGAUGAAGAUAAUGACAAAUCACGUGGGAAAAGCCUUUGGGAUUAUGUUGAUGAACUUCAUAGAAAGGGUUCAAUAUUCUACAAUUUUAAGUAUUCAAGCCAACACUCGAACAAGGUACUUCGGCCUCAUUGUAAUGUAUCUAACCUUAAGUUGUGGAGCUAUUUUGUGUCUGAAAAUGUUUCGACGGGUCCAACAUUUGACCAAGAACUUAUCAACGAGACAGAGACUGCAGCCGAAGAAGGCCAACAAAAAUUUGAGGACAAGUAUAAUUCAAACAGGCGCUGCUUGAGUGGAAUGUACGGCGGUACUGCCAACUAUGAUAGCAGUGGAUGUUCAUUCCAACUGCAAGAGUAUAACCGGAUAGAAGAAGAAGCAGAUCGACGAACCAGCCGAUGGAAAAGAAUAUGGGAUAAGUUGGAGUCCCCUAACAUCCCGAAAAAGACAGUGUCACUAAACACAAUCGUUUCCCGACACCGAAGUGCUGUGCUACACAAAAGAGAUACCAUGGAUAUUGUUUUAAAGGGAAAACUGCAAAUUGAUGACUAUAGUCAACGAGGCUUUACUCAACCUCAUACGUUUGAGCCUCACAGUUUUGUAGCACCAACAAACUGUGACUUCUGUUUGCAAAUGAUGUGGUAUAUCGGCAAAGGAGGAUUUAAAUGCAAGGAAUGUGGGUUUAACUGCCAUGAAAAAUGUUUAUCACGUGUCCCUCAAGCAUGUCGUUAUUACCGAGAUUUGAAAGAACAAAACGAUAACAUUCCAUCCACAAGUAGUAAGAGCUUACACGAGUCUUCUAGUUCCUCGAAAUCCUCCAAAUUUUUGUCUGGUUAUCUUUGGAAAAAAGGUGCCUUGUUUAAACAGUGGAAGCCUAGAUAUUUUGUGCUUGACACGGAAAGGCAUCAGCUCAGAUAUUAUGACGCUGAAGGUGAUAUUCACUGCCAAGGUGUGGUCAAUUUAUCGGAAAUAAUAUCAUGUGACCUUUCACAACAAAAUGUUUCCAAUGAAAAACAAGUAUAUUUUGAUCUCCGUACAGACAAGCGUGCAUAUAAUUUGUAUGCCUCGUCCGAAGAAGAAGCGAAGAAGUGGAUUAGCAGGCUACAAACUUUGGAUACAUGAAUAUUCACAAGGGAGAAAAUUAAACGAUAAUUACUAAUUUCAGCUGUUUAUAUGUGAUAUAUUUUAUCAUUUUAGACAUAUGUAGGUUAAUUUAUCCUAGUAUCUUUUAAUCUUUUAGUAAUUCCCUAGGAUUAAUUCUCUCUAAAAUUAUGAAAGAUAAUUGGAGUAUUUUAAUAGUAUAUAUUAAAAUUGUGGAGGUCAAUUUUUUAAUUUUUUUCGUAAUUCGUUUUGGAAAUUAAAUUCUUUUUCAAAUUUAAACUCCUAAACAAAAAAUAUUUCGUUAAUUUCGUCACCUAGCCAUUGUCGAUCCAGUCUAUUGAGGUCUUCGGACGUAGUUAGGAAUAAAAUAGAAAAAUCGUCCACGUUAGUAUGCAAGACCCUAAGGCUAAGGAGCUGUAUGUUAAUUGGGGAAUAAAGAGGGA